CAAAAUCUUGUACUGAACCGGAUUCCGAUAAGUAUCAAUCCAGCUGGGGCCGCUUCAAGCGGGUUGACUCUGUGCUGGGGUUGUGUAUUUCAUUCUGUCGAGAAUGGAAUGGCCAGAUUUCGUCCGAAAUAUGCGAAAAGGCAUCUCACACAAGGAACCAGUCGCUGGAUACGUCAGAAUGAAUUCUAUCUCGGAAUCGCCGCCUUCCUCGGAGUUAUUUUAUUUGCGGGGCUUCUCAACGACUUCAUCAACUACACGAUUAUGGAAACGCCGCUCAAUACAACCCAAUCUUUCACUUAUAUCACUUUGGUUAUUCACGUCAUCGCCUUCAUGCUUUCGAUCGCGGGUUUCGUUUACACGACUAUGAGAUAUCAGACACGAAUGGAUAGAAUAUCGUUUUCUCUUAUUGUUUUCAACGGAACCUGCUUUCUAUUUCGAGUCAUCCUGGAUCUAACACUAAUCAAUUACAGAAUGGAAUUUUACAUUUAAUUGGCUGUACUUCUGCAUGUAUAUCAAUAAUUUUAUUUUUUGAAGAUUA